GGAAGCGGCCAUCCCCGGCCUCCCCCGAGGAGAAUAUGCGGGGCGGUUGGGUUUGGCGGCUCCUCCGUGCGGGGGAUGAUGGCGGCGGGGUCCGGCGCCUCGUCCCCGUUGAACCCCCGGCCCUGCGGAGAGAGGAGGGAACUGAGGCCCAGAGAAGUGCCCCGUCCAAGGCCACGCCGCUUCCGGUCCCAUCUACUAGGCCACACUCCCUCUCCUGCCCUUCCAGAAGUGGGCAAACACCGGAGAGUUCCUCAGGCCUGAGGCGACUGGGAAUCCCGCCAGAGGACGGCGGGGAAUCGAAGAUUCCUCGGUCACCAACCGUUGACCGGCCGCCGCCGUUACGGGAAUCCGGACGGGGCCUGGCGGCCACGGCCCCCCUCAAGUCGUACGACAUGCGGCAGGUGGACAUCACUCCCCUGGAGCAGCGCAAGCUGACGUUCGACACCCACGCGCUGGUGCGAGACCUGGAGACUCACGGCUUUGAGAAAGUCCAGGCGGAAACGAUCGUGUCUGCGCUGACCGCUCUGUCGAACGUCAGCCUCGACACCAUCUACAAGGAGAUGGUCACCCAAGCUCAGCAGGAAAUAACCCUGCAGCAGUUAAUGGCCCACUUGGACUCCAUCCGCAAAGACAUGGUCAUCCUGGAGAAGAGCGAAUUCGCCAACCUGAGGGCCGAGAACGAGAAAAUGAAAAUCGAGUUGGACCAAGUUAAACGGCAGCUAAUAAACGAGACGAGUAGAAUCCGAGCGGAUAACAAACUGGAUAUUAACCUGGAGAGGAGCAGAGUGACGGAUCUGUUCACAGAUCAGGAGAAAAAACUCAUGGAGGCAACCACAGAAUUUACCAAAAAGGAUACCCGCACCAAAAGUGUUAUUUCAGAGACCAGUAACAAGAUAGAUACCGAAAUUGCUUCUUUAAAAACGCUGAUGGAGUCCAAUAAACUCGAGACCAUUCGUUACCUGGCAGCUUCAGUGUUCACCUGCCUGGCCAUCGCGCUGGGCUUUUAUCGCUUCUGGAAAUAGCGAGGGAAGAAGCAGAAGCGCAGCCAGCGCCUUGGCCGCUCUGCGACCUCCGGGGAGAACCGUGGGCCUGGGGGCCCGUGCUGGAUUAUGCUGCAGCUAAGGUGGACAGGAGGGGCCGGAGGAGAGGGGGCACAUCUACCGUGGCUGCAAGAAGAACCCUCCAUCUUGUCGUCAGGCGAUGCACACAGUCCCCAAAGGCCCUCCCGGGUCCCUCACAUCACGGACCCGCUCCUCUGCCCGUUUCAAGCCCCACGAGUUCACCUGGCCUCCCCGGAGCGCUUUCUUGUGGGACUGUGGCCUCCAGACUCCUCCCAAGCUCAAUCCGCGACUUGCAACGUUUAUAUCCAAUUGCUGUCUCCGCUCCUUCUGUGCUGCUGUCAGUCGAGGACUCGAAAGAAUUGCGGGGGGGGGGGGGGGCAACCUGCUGGGCGUCCCCUUCCCCGGCGUCUGACGGAGACGUGGGCGCCGACCCAGCUCCGUCCCAUCCGCCGAGCACUCAUCUGGGGGUUCCCUCGGUCGGCGGGGGUGGGCAUCAAUCCGGUUCUCCCAUCACAGCUGCUCUGUGCGCGGGCUGCCUACCAGCACUAGUUAUUCUUAGUAAAAUAAACGAUAUUACACGCAGCACG